AUGGCUUGGCCCUGCAUCAGCCGGGUGUGCUGCCUGGCCCGCUUCUGGAGCCAGCUGGACAAGUCCGACCUCUCCGUGCCGCUCACCAUCCACAACUACUCGGACAUCGAGGAGCAGGAGGACGGGGCGCCCCAGCGCGGCGGGCCCCCCCCGCGGGGCAGCGCCCGCCCGCCCGCCCCGGCCCCCCGCCCGCGGGACCCCGCCGCCGGGAAGCCAGGCGAGCCCUUCGCGGCGGAGACCCAGUACCGGCGGGACUUCAGAGCGUGGCCCCUCCCGAGGAGGGACGCCUUCCCCUGGGUCAGCGCCAGCAGCGGCGGCGGCGGCAGGAGGGACGGGGCCGCCCCUCAGCCCGCCCCGGGCCGCGCCGCCUGCGCCCUGCCCGGCGGCGGGAGGCCGGCGGCGGACGGCUGCGGCGGUCCCGAGCAGCUCCGGCCGCGCUCGCAGGCGGACGGCGGCCACACCACCUCCUACAGGCAAGAGUAUCGCCCAUGGACUGGAGCAAAACCAUCCAAGCCUAUAAAGACAAAGCAAGGCUUCAUUAUCCCAGAAGAUCAUUUUGUUCAAGAGACAAGCUACAAGGCAGAUUUUAAGAUCCCAGAGGUGAAGACCAGGUUCUCCCCCAACCCUUCUGCUGUUUUCCAGGCACCGUCACGGAUCCUCAACGUGUGA